GCGGCUUGUCAGAAAGCAGGGACCUCUCUCCUCACGUGGCGUCGGGGUCCAUCGCGCCUCGCCUGGGGUCAGCGAGCAAGGACGGGCGCGCAAGGGUAUUUCGCCGCCGUCGGCGAGAGCCAGCCCUCGCGUCCCGGGGCCACACUGGCACCUCUGACCGCUCAGAACCGGCUGGCUUCUGAGCCCUCACGAUUGAGGGUCCCUGGUUCCAGCUCCGGAGGACAGCGCCCCUUCGCCCAUACCUGUCCCCAGUCACGCUCUGCCCUGACGCCCAGCAGCUGACAAACCCCCGCUUUCCCACACACCUGCGCCCACGUCCGCGCUCACUUCCUUCCUAACCUUAACCUGAGGCCCCUCCCCUCCGCCGCCAGGAGAGAUUCGUUUUCCCCCGUUUUUAAUCUCGCCUGUAAAACUGCGUUUGGGGUUGGGGGUGUCAUGCAGAAAGAUUUCCCUUGAGACUGAGUACCCAUUCGAUACAAAGAGUUCAUGCUCACCAGAGAGCUUGUGGGAUAAGGGAAAGCCGUGCACACAGUAAAUAAUGGCUGAACACGGGGCGCACAUCACAACAGCUUCUGUGGCAGAUGACCGGCCAUCCAUCUUUGAGGUGGUAGCACAGGACAGUUUAAUGACAGCAGUGAGACCUGCUCUUCAGCACGUGGUUAAGGUUCUUGCAGAAUCAAAUCCUGCCCACUAUGGCUUCUUUUGGAGGUGGUUCGAUGAAAUCUUCACUCUGCUAGAUCUUCUGCUCCAGCAGCAUUAUCUGUCUAAAACCAGUGCCUCGUUUUCUGAAAACUUUUAUGGUUUAAAACGGAUUCUAAUGGGGGACACUCACAAGUCUCAAAGAUUGGCCAGUGCUGGUCUCCCAAAGCAGCAGCUUUGGAAAUCGAUUAUGUUCCUGGUUCUUCUUCCCUAUCUGAAAGUGAAGCUGGAGAAGCUGGUUUCCAGCCUGAGAGAGGAGGAUGAAUAUUCUAUUCAUCCCCCUUCUUCCCACUGGAAACGAUUUUACAGAGCCUUCCUGGCUGCCUACCCAUUUGUUAACAUGGCCUGGGAAGGCUGGUUUCUUGUUCAACAACUUCAGUACAUCCUAGGAAAAGCUCAGCAUCACUCACCACUGCUGAAGCUGGCUGGAGUUCGGUUAGGUCGACUGACAGUGCAGGAUAUACAAGCUCUGGAGCACAGACUAGCCAAAGCCAGCAUGAUGCAACAACCAACCAAGAGCAUUAGUGAGAAGAUAAAGUCAGCUCUGAAGAAAGCUCUGGGGGGUGUCGCCUUAUCCCUCUCUACUGGCCUUUCUGUGAGCGUAUUCUUCCUGCAGUUCCUUGACUGGUGGUACUCAUCUGAAAAUCAAGAAACCAUCAAAUCACUGACUGCCCUGCCUACACCACCACCACCUGUACACCUAGACUAUAACUCUGAUUCUCCCCUGUUACCCAAAAUGAAGACUGUGUGCCCAUUGUGUCGUAAAACCCGGGUAAAUGAUACCGUUCUUGCCACCUCUGGCUAUGUAUUUUGUUAUCGCUGUGUGUUUAAUUAUGUGAGGAGCCACCAAGCUUGCCCCAUCACAGGUUAUCCAACAGAAGUACAACAUCUGAUUAAACUGUACUCCCCUGAAAACUGAAAGGGAUUAGUAGCUCAUCUCACAACAAAAGUAUUGUACUUCAAGG